AUGGAUACAAUUGCGAGUCUUACUACACAAGAACAAGUAGAACGCGAGCCUCUUAAAUAUCAGCUUAAAACUCCAUUCCAAAAUUUAAGCGAUGGGGAACAGCUGAAAUUUGUAAAAAAGGCUAAAGAGGACUGCUUGCACGUAUGUAAUGUAAUUGCCCCAGGUAACGGAGAGGAGCUCUUCGAGUCAAUGAUGUCUGUACAAAGAGAAUUAUUUGAUGGCGCAGUCCCCGAUGAUCUUGUGGUACUCAUGACUGCUUAUAAGAACGCAAAGACCAGGAAUUUAAGGAAACAGAUUCUGAGCCUUUACGCUCAAAGAUACCCUAUGACCAAACUGAAGAAAAUUCACCAACCUUACGGAAGUCUCUCUACAUGGGAAAUAAAGCAAGCACGUUCUCAUGCUAAAAUGCACGGUCCUGGGACCAUCACUGAAAACAAGACGAAGCAUCGCGUACGCCUUGAUAUGAGGAAGGUCGACCACUUUGUAGAAUUCAUUAAUAGACCGUACUUUUAUCAGGAUGUUUCAUAUGGUAACAAGGUACUCACCGUAGAUAAUGGUGACAGAAUUGAGAUGCCUAACGUUGUAAGAAUCCUGACAAGGUCUACAAUGAUUGAGCAAUACUUGGAGUAUUGCAAAGAGCAAUGUCACGAGCCACUUAGUAGGUCUUCUCUGUUUAAAAUAUUGGAGGUUCGAGAAGCGUCUCAGCGUAAAUCGCUCCAGGGAUUGGACAAUACGGCUGCAGAUGGUGCUGCGGGCUUUCAGACUAUUGAGACGCUGGUUGAAACUCUUGAGAAGGGAGGAAUGGAGAAACAGUGGUGUUUACGUAUUUGCCAAAACCUACACGAUGCUAAACGCUAUCUCAAAACUGACUACCGUGUACACUGUCAACAGCAUUACUCUACUUGCGCUGACCACUGUAGAAAGUUUGCGCUUAGUGAUCCUGUUGAUCUCGAGCUCCAGCAUCCUUGUCCGCAUCAGCAUCAAUCGACUUGCGAGCAAUGCCAAGGGCUGAAGGAUGUUCUAAAGGAAGUGAGACUAGCGAUUGAAGGGUCAUCAUGGAGGCCUUACAGUUGCGAACAACGAGAAGAUGUCCUUUACGACUUUGACCGUGCACAGUCAGACAUCUUGCUGUGGAAAGCGCACAUUGUACGCUCAAUAAAUCAGGAGGAGGCGAAACAAGAUGCACUGAAAUCAGAAGACCCACAGUCAGCCAUUCUGAUCAUGGACUGGGCCAUAAAGUUCCUCCAAAUAAAAUUUCGUGAGAAACAGUCUGAAUGGUUCGGCAAACGGGGGCUCAGCUGGCAUAUCUCCACCUUUAUAACUAAGAAUGUUGACUCUGGAAAAAUUGAGCUGCAAUCGUAUGCUCAUAUCUUCGACUCUUGCCAGCAAGACUGGUACGCAGUAUGCUCGAUCAUCGAAAACACACUUGAGGUUGUAAAGAAAGAACAUCCCCAGAUUACCCAAGUGAACCUAAGGAGUGACGAAGCAGGCUGUUACCACAACAACUUUCUCUUAGCCGCCGUUAGAGAUGCCGGAAGACGAGUAGGCAUUGAAGUAGCACGGUAUGACUUUUCCGAGCCGCAGUAUGGAAAAGAUAUCUGUGAUAGAAUCCUUUGUCCAAUGAAAUCAUCCAUCCGACGAUAUUGCAAUGAAGGACACGAUGUCGUUUCUGCGAAAGACAUGCGUGUAGCGCUUUCAGAACGUCCUGUUCAAGGUACAACUCCCUCCGUGUGCGCAAUGAAUGAGACUCAAAAGCCCGGGGGCACUCCCAUACAUUACCUAUACGGGUAUGUGCCGCCCAACGGGGUCGUGAUUUUGAAGCUCCUGAUUUAGAACGGGGUAUCCAUUUCAGAGGCGUUUUCUAGAACGGGGUAUAAAAAAUUGUGGAUCACGGCUUUAUCUUCUGCUUAAAAUUGUUGCUGAUUAUGAAGAAGCAUUUAUUUGAUGUAUAAGUCGAACAAGGAAAGAAAUAUCUCUUAAAAAACAGGGCUUUUUCAAUUUACAAACUUUCUAGAACGGAGUAUAAGCAACUGGCCCUUUUUUUAGAACGGGGUAUCAGUUUUAGGGCGAAUUCUAGAACGGGGUAUAAAAAAUUGGCUCAUUUCUAUAACGGGGUAUCAAUUUUAGGGGAAAUUUUUUUUAGAACGGGGUGCCAAUUUAGAGUCCCGGGCGGCACAUACCCACCCAAAAAAUAUCCAAGUGCCCCCCCCGGGCUCAAAAGACACUCGAAGUACAUAAGAUAGAAGGUUUCAGCAAGUAUCACAAUUUCAAGUUUGAAGUGAAAGGAAUUAGAGCAUGGAGAGCUUAUGGUGGUGGACUAGGCAAGUUUAUUCCUUACCGAGAGGUCAUAACUGAACCCCAAGGUCCUACUGGUCUCAUUGUGCAUGAAAACUUCUUUCCUCUCAAAGAAGCUCGAGUAUAUAAGAGAGAGACAAACAGUGAAAAUGAACAAUGCAACGGUCUUUUCUCUUGUUCUGAGCCCGGGUGCAACAUGGUUUUCAAGAAAUUCAGUGAACUCGAAAAUCACCUUGAUGUUGGUGAGCACAGCCAAGUUCGCGGAAACUCUCUGAUACGGUGUAUGACAAGCUCAGAAGAGACUGGGCGGAGAAAUUUCGUACUGUUGAUAAGGACGAAGAAAUCAGAAGCGUGCCUGAAGCAGUUGUAG